GUCAGCCCCCGACCCCGGGCCGCCCGGGCCCCAGGGUUCCGCCGGCAAUCUGGCCACCACCGCGUGGGUCUGACAAGAUGUACCAGGUCCCACUGCCACUGGAUCGGGAUGGGACCCUGGUACGGCUCCGCUUCACCGUGGUGGCCCUGGUCACAGUCUGCUGUCCACUUGUCGCCUUCCUCUUCUGCAUCCUCUGGUCCCUGCUCUUCCACUUCAAGGAGACAACGGCCACACACUGUGGGGUGCCCAAUUACCUGCCCUCGGUGAGCUCGGCCAUCGGCGGGGAGGUGCCCCAGCGCUACGUGUGGCGUUUCUGCAUCGGCCUGCACUCGGCGCCUCGCUUCUUGGUGGCCUUCGCCUACUGGAACCACUACCUCAGCUGCGCCUCCCCGUGUUCCUGCUAUCGCCCGCUCUGCCGCCUCAACUUCGGCCUCAAUGUCGUGGAGAACCUUGCAUUGCUAGUGCUCACUUACGUCUCCUCCUCCGAGGACUUCACCAUCCACGAAAAUGCUUUCAUUGUGUUCAUCGCCUCAUCCCUCGGGCAUAUGCUCCUCACCUGUAUUCUCUGGCGGUUGACCAAGAAGCACACAGUAAGUCAGGAGGAUCGGAAGUCCUACAGCUGGAAACAGCGGCUCUUCGUCAUCAACUUCGUCUCCUUCUUCUCGGCGCUGGCUGUCUACUUUCGGCACAACAUGUAUUGUGAGGCUGGAGUGUACACCAUCUUUGCCAUCCUGGAGUACACUGUUGUCCUAACCAACAUGGCGUUCCACAUGACGGCCUGGUGGGACUUCGGGAACAAGGAGCUGCUCAUAACCUCUCAGCCUGAGGAAAAGCGAUUCUGAACCCUUCAGUCCUGCUUGGGAGGAGGAAGCCCACUGCCCAGAAACAAGAAACAAGAUACCAUUCUGGCCUUCCCCACCCUACAUCCUCUCUUGGCCUUACUGAAGAUGGGGGAAGGGUAAGAAGGAAGGGCAUAGGCCAAGGCUCACCCCAGUGCUGCUGGCUUCUCCUCUCCACCCUCAUAUGGGCAUGGGGUCCUCAAGCAACAUCACCUUUACCGGAGAGGCCCCAAGAAGCUGAGCUGGCAGAGAGCUCCACCAUUUGGUGCUAAAAAAACGUCCUGAGGUUCAUGACCACCACCCACUUUCUGGCCUUUACAUAGUCAUCUUUCACUGAGGUCAGGAGCCCCUGAGCAGUUGCUGCUCCCUGACAACCACAGCCAUUUCUCUCCACGGGGUCAUUCACAGGACUAAUGUAUUUCAUGAUCUACUGUGCACAUCCAGGCCUGUGGCCACAGUCCCCUGCUAAAGCUGCUCAGGUGUUCUAGUCCUGACUUCACCUUUUUGAUGUGGUGUGCGCCCUAUGGUAUGUACCCUUCCCUAUCUGAGCCUCAGUGUGUCCAUGUGUCUGAUAGGGGAUGGGUGGGCUGUAUGAUUUCCAAGGGCUCUACUCAGAACCAGUCAGUGGUUCUGAUGUCAUUGGGUGGAGGUGGUGUUUUGUACCUAAAGGAUGACCUGCUCCAGAAACAGCACCAGCACACCAUGUGUUUUCUUCUCUCUUCUGAAAGUUCUGGCUUAUAGACCCCUCCCCUCCUUUGCAAAGGUAUGGGAUAGAGGGGUCAGAUGCAGAUUUCUACUGUAAAAUGGGCUCUCUGGUAUCUCCUGUCUUCCCUACUGCUCCAAACCCUAAAUUUUGGUUGUAUGUUUUGUUUUAAAGGAAAAUAAAUUUUU